UCUCCAGUGUAGCAGGUCCCUUCAUCCAUAGGCUGGAUGGAUUGUCAAAAAAUAUCCCAGGUACUCACUCGUGAGUGGAAAUUCGAAGGCGACAUGGCCCUUGUCGUUAAUUUCUUAAAAGAAGUACUUUGCUUCUGUAUGGUUCUCAAAGCUAGAGGACAUACGUUCUAUACAGCUAUGGUUUCCAUGCAAGGAAGCUAUAGCCACGUUUUCGAAGAUGACUAGCAAUAAUGCUCCCUUGCUGCAGUGGUUCUUCCUAAGUGUACACUCUGAACCAGCCAGAAAACUCUCACUUCUCGAGGCUUCUCACAAAGUAAGACUAGUUUCUCACUUGCUUUUGUCUGGUCCUCAUAUUUCUCCUUUUCUCCCUAGCUUAUUCCUCAAGCGAUCAACACUGCUACUCGAAGAUGGCUUCCAAUGACAACAUGAAAAGGCAAGCAACAAAUCUUCGGACGUGGCUGUCACGAAAGGAUAAAAUAGUGGCGGCUCUCGUGAUGGUCGGCGCGCUCUGUGCAGCAGUAGCCGUGAUGAUUUUCGGCAAAAUACGCUUCUUUGGAGCUCAGAGCCUCGCGCCAGAGUUUUACAGCGAUCUGAUCCAGGAAGAAGGCUCUACUUGCUGGGAAACAAACUUCUUUGCCACCACUUACGACCCGUUCUACAAAUGGAUCGCCAGCACGUCGCUACCAUCUGCUUUCAAAGACCUUCCGAUCGAGCGUGCUACUCUCGGUUACCAGCGAGCGAGUGUAUGGCGAGUUGCCGGGAAUAUGACACGGCACAACACCAGCUUCUUCUACAACUCGCCGGAUCCACACGUUUUGGGAGGGGUCAUAGCUCGGAAAAGCAGCAGCUGGAUAUGGACUAUGGUCAUCAACUGGGGGAUGAGUGUCCGAAUCUGCUUCACCACCACCGAUCCUCUGCAGAAUUCUUGCCUGUGGACGACUCCAAUCGUCUGGACUGGAAAAGAAGGCGAAUUUGCACUGCUCAUGUCCGCGGUCCCGUUUCGAAGAGCCUCGGCCAACCCGUACCAGGAGAGAAAUCCUUAUGCCAAGCAUGGAAGCUACCUGAGCAACUUUGCUGGGAACGCGAGAACAAGCCAGUGCCUGAUGAUCAACGACCGGGUCGACAAGGGACGCUACUGGCAGUACAUUUACUCCGGCAAGCCAUGCAAGAAGUCCACACCGAUCGUCUACACGCCGGACAUCAUCUCGUACCUUGCGUUCCCGAGCCACCAGUGUGCCUGCAAGGGCUCGGUUUGCUUCGUGGGACUAAACAUCACCGGCAGCUCGACUUCGGACGAAGAUCUGCGCGUGAAGCUCAACUCCAGCCGCUGCGAGGAUAGCAACUCUUUCUGGGGAGAACCGAGAAUAGCCGAUGUCCUCGUCUCGAUCGUCUACUUCUCGUACAGCUCCCGGUGGGAUCUACACUUGGGGAUCAACGUGACUUUCAACGUGUCAGAGAUGCUCGAGGCACAGAAGCGUGUGGAUGACUGUGUCCACGGGUGGCUGCAGCAGCGGGAAACCAAGCCAGGUGCUCAAGACGGCGCUGCUCUCUUGAGCUUCUGCUCGAGACCAGGCGAAGUUGUUCUCGAGGCGAUUAAGAAGAGCGCCAGCGUCUUCGAGAAGUACCAGCAGCGGAUCCUCGAGGGAGCGAUUCUAGACACUCUGGAAGCCAAAGUGCCAGUGGAAGUCACGGACGACGUGCACUGCGGGAUCGAGCGUGGCCAGAUCGAUCGCGAGACUUGCCUGCUGGGGCUGGACGAGGUGAAGACCAAGCAAGAAGCGGAGCUGCUGCUCAAGAACCUCCAAGCCUUUGCUCGAGUGGCGGACGUGAAACGGGUUGGAGAGCGGGAGUGGAAGAAAGGCUCGUCCAAGAGGUCGGACGUCUCGAUCGAGAUUGUGACGACGCUGCUGGCACUGCUCCUCACCGUCGCCGGGAUGCUGAGCAAGAAGCUCCAGGACGUGGAAGACAUGGUGCUCGACUGGGCCGCGGACUUCAAGGACUGGGUGAAGCGGAGGAUUGGGAUGCACUUCUUUCGAACAGGGAUCCGGGGAGUGGUGAUUUGCACAGCUGCAAUGUGGAGCAUGUUUGCUCUCUACAAGAGCAUCGGAGACAUCCAGACGGAGCCCGAGUUGGCCACCUCGGGGACUGUUCUUCAGAGGUCCAACGAGAUCUACUUCCUGGUGACGACCACUUCGAGCAUCCAGAUCACUCCAAAGUGGAUCGUGUUUUGGAUGGUGUGCUCAUUCGUGGGGCUGCUCUUGGUUGGAGCGCUCCUCUACGUCUAUUUCCUCAUGUCCUUUGUGGAGCUGGGCUUAGAGGCAGAGGCAAAGCAGUUGGAUCGCCAAGAAACUUUUCCAUAGCAUUGCUCUAAUUUAGCUUAAGAUUAUAAAUAAACUUUUAUAAACUUUUGAUAGUGAGAAUA